AUGGCUCAAGAUCCCCGUGCGCUCCUGCAAAAGGCAGAUAAAGCAGCACAAUCAGCGAGCGGUGGCUUCUCACUCUUCGGCGGCCGGACAGAGAAACUCGAGAAUGCGGUUGAGCUCUACACACAGGCAGCAAAUGCAUUUCGAAUGCAAAAGGCCGGCAAGGAAGCAGGCCAGGCAUUCGAGCAAGCAGCUGCAUUACAAUCUGGCAAGCUGAACGAGCCUGACGACGCCGCGAAUACCCUCACUGAGGCAUACAAGUCAUACCGCAAAGAUGAGCCGGAAGAAGCUGCGAGGGUGCUCGAGAAGGCAAUUCAACACUACACACUGAAAGGCAACUUCCGAAGAGCGGCCACGCAUAAGCAGAAUCUGGCGGAGCUAUACGAGGUGGAGUUGGGCGAUCAGAAGAGGGCAAUGGAGGCAUACGAGAUGGCAGCAGGGUGGUAUGAGAACGACAACGCAGAACAACUCGCAAACAAGCUAUACCUCAAGCUUGCCGACAUCUCAGCUCUUGAAGGCGACUACCUCAAAGCUAUCACCAACUACGAGCGCAUCGCCAAAUCCGCAAUCAACAACAAUCUCAUGAAGUGGUCCGUCAAGGAAUACUUCUUGAAAGCCGGAAUCUGCCAUCUUGCCAACGGUGACAUGGUUGCCAUGAACAGAGCGUUGGAGUCAUACCGAGAACUCGAUCCUGCGUUCGCUCAGACGCGAGAACACCAGCUCCUUGUCGACAUGGUUGAGGCGGUAGAGGAGGGCGAUCAAGAGAAGUUUGCGGACAAACUCUUCCAGUUUGACCAAAUGUCCAAGCUUGACAAGUGGAAGACCACCCUGCUCUUGCGAGUGAAGGAGAGCAUUGAAGGCCAGGAAGAGGAUUUCGCAUAG